UGUGCCUCUCCCCUAAACACGCUCCGUGGUCCGGAUCCCUGAGGAUGCGAUAUCAGCAGCAUCCGUGCGCCGCAGGGACACCAGGAUCCUCAUUUCCUCCUCUCUUCCUUCCCCAGCUCCACUGCAGACCCCCAGCACGAGCCCCCAUCCCGUGACCCCCCCUCCAUGCGCAGCCCCCAUCCCGCUGGAUGCCGGCCCCAGCGGAGGCUCAGGAUGCUCCAAGUGCCUCGGUGACCGCGGGGACAGCACCUGCAGCCGCAGCGCCGGCGGACGAGCUGUUUUCUCCUGAGACGAGCCCACCCCACUGAUCAAAAUAGAGUCCUUCAAGGUGACGGUCGACUUCUUGAAGGUGCCCCUGGGCCUGAAGAAGCCCCCUCUGAAGGAGGCCCUGGCCGCUGUGCCGAGGCCGGGCAGACCCAAGCCCCUCAGCGUGGAGCGGCACAAGCCCCGGCGCUCCGACACCAUGGACAAUGAGUCGCAAUACUCGGGGUAUUCCUACAAGUCCGGGCAUUCCCGCAGCUCCCGCAAGCACAGGGACCGGCGGGACCGGCAUCGCUCCAAAAGCCGGGAUGGGAGCCGGGGGGACAAGUCGGUGACCAUCCAAGCACCAGGAGAGCCCCUGCUGGACAAUGAGUCCACACGGGGGGAUGAGAGGGAUGACAACUGGGGCGAGACCACCACCGUGGUGACGGGGACGUCGGAGCACAGCAUCUCGCACGACGACAUCACCCGCAUCACCAAGGACAUGGAGGACAGUGCCCAUCUGGACUGCUCCCGGCACUUGGGUGUCUCGCUGGCUGGGGCGCUGGCCCUCCUCGCCUUCCUCACCCCCCUUGCCUUCAUGCUCCUGCCUCAGCUGCUGUGGCGAGAGGAGCUGGAGCCCUGCGGCACCCCCUGCGAGGGGCUCUUCAUCUCCGUGGCCUUCAAACUCCUCAUCCUCCUGCUGGGCAGCUGGGCCCUGUUCUUCCGCCGCCCCAAAGCCUUCUUCCCCCGCGUCUUCGUCUUCCGAGCGCUGCUCAUGGUGCUCGUCUUCCUCCUCGUCGUCUCCUACUGGCUCUUCUAUGGUGUGCGCAUCCUGGACUCGCGGGACCGCAACUACCAGGGGGUGGUUCAGUUUGCGGUCUCGCUGGUGGAUGCUCUGCUCUUCGUGCACUACUUGGCUGUGGUGCUGCUGGAGCUGCGGCAGCUCCAGCCCCAGUUCACCCUCAAGGCCGUGCGCUCUGCCGACGGCGCCAGCCGCUUCUACAACGUUGGGCACCUCAGCAUCCAGCGAGCGGCCGUGUGGAUCCUGGAGAACUAUUACCAUGACUUCCCAGUGUACAACCCUGCCCUGCUCAACCUGCCGAAGUCCGUCCUGUCCAAGAAGAUGUCCGGGUUUAAGGUCUAUUCCCUCGGCGAGGAAAACAGCACCAACAACUCCACGGGGCAGUCUCGUGCCGUCAUCGCGGCAGCCGCUCGGCGCCGGGACAACAGCCACAACGAGUACUACUAUGAGGAGGCAGAGCACGAGCGCAGGGUGCGCAAGCGCCGAGCCAGGCUGGUGGUGGCAGUGGAAGAAGCCUUCACCCACAUCAAGAGGCUGCAGGAGGAGGACCAGAAGAACCCCCGGGAGAUCAUGGACCCGCGGGAGGCAGCUCAGGCCAUCUUCGCCUCCAUGGCCCGGGCCAUGCAGAAGUACCUGCGUACCACCAAGCAGCAGCCCUACCACACCAUGGAGAGCAUCCUGCAGCACCUCGAGUUCUGCAUCACCCAUGACAUGACGCCCAAGGCAUUCCUGGAGCGGUACCUGACGGCUGGGCCCACCAUUCAGUACCACAAGGACCGCUGGUUGGCCAAGCAGUGGACGCUGGUCAGCGAGGAGCCGGUGACCAACGGCCUGAAGGAUGGGGUGGUCUUUGUGCUGAAGCGCCAGGACUUCAGCCUCGUGGUGAGCACCAAGAAGAUCCCUUUCUUCAAGCUCUCCGAGGAGUUCGUGGACCCCAAGUCACACAAGUUCGUCAUGAGGCUGCAGUCAGAGACCUCGGUGUGAGCUGGAGAGGGAUGGAGAGGGGCCGGGGGGAGAGCAUCUCCCUCCCCAUCCAUCUCAUCCUCACCAUCCCCACUGCGGCUCAGGGAGGCCACGGCUCAAGGGCAGAACUACAGGAAGCAGCACCCAUUGCCUGGCUCCAUCACCUGUGAGCGCUCGCCCUCGGCUUGGCCAUUGGGGUGGGCUGAGCCCCUUCCUCCUCCUCCUCCUCACUGAAACCCAGGUCCUUGUAGCAUCCCCCCCCUAAAGGUGCAACAGGCACAGCCAGGUUGGAGCCGGUGUUGCGGUGCCGUAACCCAAGGGCUAACUCUGUUCAUCACCAGCGUCUUCAAGCACAUCAGGUCCCAAGGACCUUCGGCUCUGGCCUGUUUUCUACCUGGCUUUGGCCUUAAACCAUUGCCCAGCAUCUGGGGCUGGUUUUUAAUCCUAGAGGUUAUUCUGGGCACUGUUUUGUGGACACCUCCGUGAUCCAUGGCUGCUGUGGAAGCCCCUGGCAUCCAGGACACCAUUCCCUGCCUCUGGCAACGUCCUCUCUGCUGAUGGUUUCCACACUCAACAAAAGCAAGUGCAAAGCUGGUUUAUAGGAGAAGCAGAAGAGGGUUUCCAAGUGGUUUCCCUGCUUCCGAGGUGAUCCAUGGCCCUGGUCCCAGCAGCAUCUCCAUGGGGCUUCCUCGUGCUGGAUGUGGGUUGCAAGCAGAGCAGCUGAGAACGUGUCUUGGGGUCCAAUCCUGGAGCUGGAGCCAGCGGUGGGAAUGAAACACACGGUUCCUGGUGGGAAUGAUGAGUGUCUGUGGCUCAAUGAGGUCCUUAGCAUCCCAUGGUGAGGGGUGGCCCAUGGUGGUCCCACAAGCAGCCUCGCCAUGGGGACGCACAAGCUUUUGCCUUCCCUCGGUUGUGUUAAGGUCACAAAUACCUCAUGGGUUUAGGUUCAUUUUGGUUUCAUUUCUCUUUUUCCCUAUGGAUCCCAGAGCCUCAGGAAGGAGGGCCCAGGGGGGAGGUUGUGGCUGGGCAGGAGGGGGUUGGUUUGGUCACGGUUGGAUUCGGUUUGGGGUUAGUUUGUCCUAAAGCACUCAGAAGGUGUGAAGCCAGGGGAGGGCAGUGAUGGGUCAUGGUCCCGAUGCCACCUUGGAUGGGCUGGGGCUUUCCCAGCGGGUACCAGGAGCAGAGUGAAGAUGCUGGAGGGCUCCAAACACAUCCGCGGCUUGGGACCAGCUCCUGCUGCCAGGAAAUCCCCAUUGUUCAGGUGUUUCCAACCCCCUUCAUGCUCCAGCCUCUUGAGGCCGAAGGUUUGAGCCCCCGGCAGGGAGCCCGUUUUGGGGUGUUUCAGUGCAAAGAGAUGACUUUGGUGAGCGCGGGUGGGUCGGCCGGGGGAGAGGGGGGGGUUUCACUUGGGAUUUUCCGCAGAAACCCUUGAUUUUGGUUCAUUUUGGGUUUUGUUCCGGGGGGUUUUGUUGCGUUUGGCCGCGCCGAGCCCUUGUGCAUGCGUGUAGAAAGUUGUAAAGUGUAAAAUUGGGGGGGUUUGUUAAUAUAUAAAGAGCUUGGUUUUGCAGUUUGCGGUGGCUCGAAGCCGCGCGGCCGGAGUAGGAGGUUCGGUUGGUUUCUGGUUUUCAUAGAACUAAAAUUGUACAAAUUUUUUUAUAUAUAUAUAAAAAAUAAACCUUUUUGGACUUUUUUUUAUGACGAU